AUGGUUUGCGCUAAGCUCCACAAAUGCUCGUCCUUCCAAGGGAUCCUGAGGGCAGGCGUCCCUUUUCUGCACUCACUUCACGGUAGUUUGGCCCACGGGGGGGGGUGGGGGGGUGGGGGUGGGGAUUCCCAGAGCCGGACCGAGGGCGAUGGAGUGGGGGCCAAUACCAGUCCUGUUGGCUGGGGAGACGCACAGCAGGCACAGGUUGGGGGGAGCGCGGUGGGCCAGGUGGGAGCGGGAGCCACCAAGCUCUCCGGCCAGGAGCGCAACGAUCCACCAGGGGCUGGCGUGCCAACCAGCCGGCCGUCAAAGACGCGGAGAAAGGCGGGACGGAAAGGUGAAGUGCCAACUAUUGGCUGCGACAGUUGCCCGUCACCGGGAAGCGCAACGACCGGCUCCGCGACCCUGGACCUGACAACCCGCGUCCGCACUGCAGGCUGCCAGGUUCCCUCUCAGCGUGACGCGGCCGUGGGAGCGCAGCGGCGGGGUCUCGGGAGCCAGCGGCCUCGCGGAGUCCGGAGUCCUCCGCCCGCCGCGGCGCCGCGCGGACUCGUUGUCUUUGCAGCGGCGGAGGGGCCACAGGGGUCCUGCGUCCCUAGACACUGGACGCGAAACGUUCUCACGUUCCGAGGCGACGGGCGCGAGCUGAAGCCACAGGCCUAGGGGCUCACUCUCCUGCUGCA